GUCCCUUGCCGAGUACUCACUUAGCCUCUCUUUAUUCUUCUCCAACUACACUUCUUCAUUUCCUUCAAUAAUCUGCGCAUGGCUCCCACACAAGACAGAACAAAUGAAUUUCGCUCAUGCGUGGAGUCCAUUCGCACUCGAUCUUCACUACCACAUGGGGCGGGCAUCAAACAGCGGAAUGGCAGGACUCAGCAGAAGAGCGAGUUCUCUCAGAUGUCUUCAGCUAUUGGGGAUGAUAUAGACAAAACUUCCACCAAGCUGGGAAAGCUUGCGCAGCUCGCCAAACGGAAGACACUGUUCGACGACCGACCUGUCGAGAUUAGCGAACUUACGUUCAUAAUCAAGCAGGACAUUGCCGGUAUCAACAAGCAAAUAGCGGCGUUACAAUCGUACGUGAAGCAGCGCAAUGCGCACGGAUCGAAGUCGGCCGACGACAAGCAAAUCGAGGAGCAUACGAACAACGUUGUGAUGUUGCUGCAAAGCAGGCUGGCCAACACGAGCAUGACAUUCAAAGAUGUCCUGGAGCUUCGAACGCAAAACAUGAAGGAGUCGAGGACACGUACAGAACAGUUCAUGUACUCGACAUCCAAUGCUGCAACACAAGCAUCCAGCUCGAUGCUGUACGCACAACGCCCGGACCCCAUGGGGGAUGGUAGUGCCAGUCGCUACGAUUCCAAGGGCAAGAGCAGAGCGCCACAGAAUGGAGACGUGCUGGCUUUAGAUCUAGACUCUGCAGAGGAGGGGAGAGGAUCCCAGCAGGGGGCCUUCCAGCAAAUGCAACUGGUCGAACAACAGGAUUCUUACAUCCAAACGCGGUCGACCGCCAUCGAGUCCAUUGAGACAACCAUCGCCGAGCUUGGCCAGAUAUUCACACAGCUAGCGACGAUGGUGGCGGAGCAACGCGAGACUGUCCAGCGAAUCGACGCUGACACUAUGGACAUAGCCGCCAACGUUAGCGGGGCACAACGAGAGCUGCUCAAGUAUUAUGCUAGCAUCUCAAGCAACCGAUGGCUGAUGCUCAAAAUCUUCGGCGUACUGAUCGUCUUCUUCCUGGUUUUCAUUCUAGUUUCGUGAGGCCUGGUGCCCUGGAUUCGUCGAGUGGUUGGCUUACUGUACUACCCACACACUUAAUUGAAUGGACAAUAAGAGCUAUGUUUUCACUCGGACUAUCCGACCGGAAUGGCGUUCGUGCCAGUGGCCCAGGGUUUCUUCGGCUUCCCUCGUAUCUUGACAUGUUUCUUCCCUCCUCUAUGUGUUGGACCGUCGUCGUCUUCGUCACCAACCGUCCAAGUCUUGCGCUUCGAGUGAACCUGCUCAAGACCUGACGUAGCCGAAAAUCGCUGUGGUAGAUCUGGGAUAGCAGAUAACGUCGGAUCCUGUUUGGCCAGCUUCUCGACUCGGUCUUUCUGUAGUAAGGGAUGAGUAACACGAUGACGCGCAGUAGACUGACUGACCCUCUGCUCGAACAACCCUUUAUUUCGUUCCUUCAGCUUCCCCAGUCUCGAGUCGCUCUUCCCGCCGCCGCCAACAGUGAGCUCGACGUUGAUCUUGCGCCCUUCUAGUUCAGAUUGAUGCAGUUUGAGCCCUUGCUGGAGAGCAUUGCGGUGCGAGAAUUCAACAAAGGCACAGCCCUUGGAUUUCACGAUGGGCCUGCCGGACGCAGAUGGUUUGGGUGUGCGCAAUCGAACGGUUGGUGGUGGAUCUUACACCUUCGUGAGUAAAAGAUCCAAGAGAGCGACGGACCGAGACAAACGUACCGCAAAUUGCGAAGUGAGCUUUGAUAGCUUCUGCGGUCGUCGUGUAUUUCAGGUUUCCUAGAUCUUCUGCUCAGGAAAAGGGAAUGGAAGAUUACUGGGAAGUGCGCACCCACAAACAGAAUGAACCUCUGUUUCGUUUUGCUGUUCUCGGGGACAUCAUCUCCAGCAGUCGCUCCAGCAGGUUUUUUGGCCUUCUUCUUCUUGGGCUCGCCGCUCUUGGCUGGCUCAUUCUCAUCCACCUCGGCACCCAGUUCACCGGCGUCGCUAUCCCGUUUUCGUUUCUUCGAGGUCGGCGGCACGCUCUCGUUGGCCUUUUCCUUUUCCUUGCCCUUCCCUUUGCCCUUCUCCUUCCCAGCCGACGCCUUCCCCUUGACAUUCGAGCCACGGCGCGUUUCGCCCGCACCCACAGCCGGAACAGCUUCCUCAUCAAUGAGAUCCUGGACUUCAAGGACAGGAACCUCGUUGUCCUCCAGACCAAGAGCGCUGUCCGGAUCGGCACCAUCUGCGGGGUUGCUUUUGCGGGACCGGAAGGCGAGGCCCUUCUUUUGGCGCUUCGUAAGCUUUUUAGGUUCACUCAUCGUGGCUGAGGUUGGCGCCGUGAACGCGUUGUAGAGGUGAGGUGUGGGUGAGGUUCGCACAGAAUCAGCCUGGCAAAAGAUGUGUUGGCGGAUCACUAAGCUGUGAUGCGAUCGAUCUAGUCUUUCGCUGUCAAUCGCCAUUUAUCGAACGUCCUCAUGUCCAGCUCAAGCCUGAGUGUACCUACGCGUCCUUGAAUACAUUUCAAUCUGAAAAUUCUCCACGCAUCAAAAAUUUUGCCUUAGAAUGUCUUCUUUCCCACAAUCGACUGCUCCCAGUUGUCUGGGAACAAGCGACCCACUUGCGGCUAUCGUGCUUAUCUCUCUCCCACUCUCCACAAACCAUGUCUGCUAGCUGGAAGGAGAUCGCGGAACGGAAGAAGGCCUCCCAACUCGACUCUGUGCCGAAAGACUGGCUCCUCUCCGUGUCAGAGCUACCGGACGAGGGGCAGCUCAAUGUCACUUCCAUUCCUCGUGAAUGCGGCAAGCUGUCGGCGCUGGAAGUGGAGAUAACCGAAAGCAGAGUUUCUACUCUUCUUAUCAACUUGGCGGCGUCGAAAUGGUCGUCUGUGCAAGUGACCACCGCCUUCUACAAGCGCGCGAUCAUUGCACAGCAGCUGACGAAUUGCCUGACCGAGAUAUUCGUCCCUCGUGCACUCGCCCGGGCUAAGGAGCUGGACGAGUAUCUGGCAAGAACGGGGAAAGUCAUGGGAUCACUUCAUGGAUUGCCCGUCUCGGUGAAAGAUCAGGUUGGAAUCAAGGGCAUCGAGUCGACCAUCGGUUCAUGUUUUCUCUUUCUGCUCUCCUCGAUCACUCAACGAUGUCCAGGCUACGUGUCUUGGAUUGGGAAUCACGCAAAGAAGAAUUCUGUGCUGAUUGAUAUAUUGGAGUCGCUAGGAGCGGUACCGUUUGUGAAAACGCAGAUCCCUCAGACACUGAUGUGGCCCGAAACGUUCAAUCAUGUAUUCGGCAGGACGCUGAACCCUCACAAUCGGUCUCUCACGAGUGGAGGCUCCUCGGGAGGAGAAGGUGCUCUGCUAGCGUUGAAGGGUAGUCCUCUCGGGGUCGGAUCAGAUAUUGGAGGGUCGAUACGGAUACCCGCCGGAUUCUGCGGGCUGUACGGAUUCCGGCCAUCUUACAACCGGAUUCCGUACGAAGGAUGUGUAAACACGAUGCAGGGAAUGGAUGCUAUUCCUUCCGUGUUGGGCCCGCUGUGCAACUCAUUGGAAGGGACCAAGAUAUUCUUCCAGGCCGUCCUCAGUCAGGAACCCUGGAAACAGGAUGCAGCCACCAUCAGAAAGCCAUGGAGCGAGCGCGAAUACGAUCUUGCGGAUCACGGCAGCGGAGAACGACUAUGCUUUGGCAUCAUGUGGGAUGACGGUCGCAUGGUGCCUCAUCCCCCCGUUCUGCGGGGACUGCGGAUGGCUAAGGAAGCACUCGUGAGGGCAGGUCACAAGGUCAUCGACUGGGUCCCGUACAAACACAGCGAAAUUACGGAAAACAUGUUCAACAUCUGGAACGCUGCUGCAACGGAGGACUACGAGGCUGUUACCAGCAUCUCUGGUGAACCAGUGAUCUCAUCCAUGGAACUGAGUCCAUCUCUCAGCACCGACUCCGAGCUCGAUUUCCGACCUGGACACAAGGCCAGAGCCACAUCUGCAUUCGAGUUAUGGCAGUUCCAGAAACAGAAAGGAGUGUUGCGCCAAGAACAUCUGCGGCACUGGGCCGCAACGGAGAACUCGACAGGCACGGGCCGACCAGUGGAUGCCAUUAUCUGUCCGAUGGCAGCUUACACAGCCCCGCCCCAUGGCAUGAACAAAUCGGCACAAUACACGAUGCCCUGGAACUUGCUCGAUUCCCCAGCGAUGAUUAUCCCUGUCGCCAAUGUGGAUCCAGUCGUCGAUGCGAAACAGCCUCGCACGGAGUUCUACUCACGAGCCGACCGAGCAAAUCACGAGCAAUAUGAUCCCGCUAUAUUCAAGGACGCGCCGAUUACUAUCCAAGUGGUCGGCCGGACAAUGGAGGACGAGGCGGUGAUCAGAAUGUCUGAGAUCGUCGACCAGGCCCUGCAGAGAAAUCUGAAAUCAAAACUGUAGCCCAGGAAAUUAGUUACAGGAUAAAUGAUAUGAACUGAAAUACAAUGGGGCAGUGAUACAAUAGCAGAGUCUCGUGAACAAUAGAUCCAGGGAGAACAAGAUGAAGAUCAGGCCAAAGUGAGACCACCAACGCCCUCUCCUGUGUCUUCAAUGUCACGUUCUUCUUCAUCGCUCCUCCGACCCGCCAAGCGGGGAAUAGGUCUGAGAAUGGGGCUGCCCAGCGUUAUAGAGCUCCUUAAGGUGGGGCUGGGGAAACUGCUUGGAGGACGAGACAUCGAGAGCAAUGCCACCCCGACGGUAGGUGACGAAGCCGCGGAGCUGGCAGCCGACGCAGGCAUUAUGGGAAUGGCGAUAGGGAGUCUGGGAUUAGACCAGCUCUUUGGGGAUGAUGGCAAUGACCCAUCACGCAACAGCGUCAAGGAUGGAGAUACUGCUCGCCG